AUGGCCAUGGCUGCCUUUGUUUCGCUCGUGGUCACGCAGAUUGUGGAGCAUCCGUUCCACAUUCUACUUGAGAUUGUGUUUACCGCCGCCCUGGCAGUUGCUCUUUGGGUGCAGUAUGUGUGGAGAAGUAAAAACGAGUCGAAGGUGGUUGCCCCGGUAAUACCACCACUGGAGGAACAGGAGCGCCGCAUUGCACAGUUUAAAUCGCAGAUGCUCCAAGCCAACAGUAAGACGGCCACCAACGCCACUGUACCCAAUAGACCGGAUAUGCCCAGGGUGGACUCCAGGGAGGGGUGCUACGUGACCAUCCAGAACGCGGCGGACGAGAAUCUGCUGCAGUGCCUUGACCUGGCAACCGAGGACUUCCACUCCUUUUCAACGCAUCCCACCGUGCUGGAUGUGGCAAGAAAGACGGUGGUGGCGUACGGUGUUGGAAGUUGUGGACCUCGCGGGUUCUACGGCACCAUCAAACCCCACAUGGAUGCGGAGAAAGGCUUGGCGAGGUUUCUUGGCGUGGAGGACGCCAUCAUUUCCAGUCUUUCGUUUGCCACGGUGUCUACUCUCAUCUCCUGCUUUGUGGGAAGAGGGGAGUACAUCAUCGCGGACGACGGCGUCAAUUUGUCUAUCACGGCCGGAUGCGCCCUCUCCCGGGCCACAGUUUACAGGUACCGCCACAGCGACAUGACUCACCUUGAGUCACUUCUAAAAGAAGUUGAGGAAAAGGAACGUGCUGCAAAAAAGUUAUCGCGACGCUUUGUUAUUACGGAGGGUCUUUUUAAAAACACUGGUGACAUCUGCCAUUUACCACGCAUACUUGAGCUAUGCGAACAAUACAAAUUUCGUAUUAUUUUGGAGGACAGUUACGGUUUUGGCUGUCUGGGCUCGACGGGCCGCGGUACUCAUGAACACUUUGGUAUCCCAGCGACACGCAUUGAUUUGUAUGUGGGAAGCUUGAGCACUUCCUUGGGCGGUGUUGGCGGGUUUUGCGCCGGGACGCGAGCGGUGGUGGACUACCAGCGCCUUGCUGCUUCGGCAUACGUUUUCUCUGCGUCACUGCCGCCCUAUAUUACGGCCUCCAUUUCCGUCUCGCUUACCCUGCUCAACGAGGACCACACAUACACAGAGAAGCUGCAGGCGAAUGCGAAGCUGUUCCGCCUGAUCCUUCGGCAGGCUGGACUCAACACCGGCAAGAUACGCUUGGUGGAGUGCGAGGGGGAUGUGUCACCUAUUCUGGUGCUGCGGCCCACCGACGCGUAUGUGAAGAACCACGCUCAGAGUGUGGAAGAGGAGCUGGAAGAAGUUGUACGGGCGGCGAGGGAAAGAAAGGUGCUGCUCUUGCGGCAUCUUUACUCUGAGGACGAGCAGUGCAAGAAUUUUCCGGCACUGCGAAUCCUUGUGAAGGGAAAGGCAACCCGAGAGGAGAUUGAAAAUGCCGCCAACGUCGUGGUUGAGGCUGUGAAGACGUUUUUUUCCUGA